UGGAUUUCCGAGGGGAAGCACAUGUUCCCCAAUAUGCUGUGUGCUGUUUAAGUUAUCUCCCCCGCAGUAACCGGAUCUAUGGUUCUGACGUUUGUUUCCACGUGGGAUGAUGAAUGUCGGUUUAUGGCCUUCUGUUUCACAGUAUCUCAUCAUAACAUUUGGGCCAUAUCGUCUCCAUUUCUUCACGAGGUAUCUGUACACAAAAGCACCAUCGGAUCGGCAUUUUCCUCGACACAUCAGAAACACGAGAUAAUGAGAUUGCUAUCCAUACAGGCCACAGUGCCAAUCCGCUAUCGAACACUAAGCCCUGAAAGGGGAGUCUCUUUUGGGCUGGUCUUUCGCUUCCGCGACCCCCAUGGCUCGGAGAGGGGAGCCUUGCCCGAAUUGUACUGGCACAGCUGGGAAAAGAAAGUUUAUUUAUCAAACAAGGCCCGGGGAUUGGAUCCCGCCGUUGGUCGGCUUGUGGGGCCGUUGGUUAACAGCCGCUGACAGUUUGAAUCAACAACUAACCGGGGCAGGGGUGCACAACGCCACACAGUGCGUCCAACUGCAGAUGAUAUCCAUCCACCUCGGCCACACUUCCCGACGACGAUCAAUGAUUCCAGCAGGUCGACCUUUCCAAACUGGAGUCGGGCUGCAUUGCAACACCAUCCAUCCAUCCACCCAUCCAAUACUUUAAUACACUAGAGCACAAAUUGGGGGGAGGCCAAGAAGAUGGCCAGUUCCUGUUGGGACCCCCGCAUCCGAAUGCUGUCUCCCUGAUGAACCUUCAUAACAUCUCCGAGCCCACGGCUGCCCGGUCACAAAACUCGCUACCGGCCUCCCCGUCUCUCCCUCACCCUCUUCUCUCGAGACAUUUUCAAACAGGGAGGAACCAUGGCUUCAGCUUCGUCAUCAGCCAGCGGCCCCGUGCCAACCGGCGCAACGCUGGACUGGGAUUGGAACACUGUCCUCACCGCUGCUCAAAGCAGCAAGCUGACCCUUCUGGUGGUUGCCCCUUCCAUCGCUUGCUUUUUGUGGUUCUUUGUCGCCUACCAGACCUCACCGUUGAAGAAGUAUCCCGGGCCAUUUUUAGCAGGAUGGACAAAUAUGUGGCGGUUAUCCAAGGUCUACGGGGCCGAGUAUGCCCAGACAAUGAAGAAGUUACAUGAGAAAUACGGCCCCAUUGUCAGAAUAGGACCAAAUCUCCUGGACCUUGACUUCCCUGAGCUUUCUCGCACCAUCUACAACACCGAUGGCAAAUGGGUCAAGUCCGACUUCUACAAAAACAGCAGCUCUAUCAUCGAUGGCAAGAUCACCUACCACAUGUUUAGCGAGACCAACAAUGUCGAGCAUGCCAGACUGAAGAGACCUGUUGUGCGCCACUACUCGGUCCCGGCCGUGCUGGCUAUGGAGGCACACAUGGACAAGGUGGUGGCCGACUUGCUCCAACACCUCAAGAAACGUUUUGUUGAGCCCAGGAAGGUCUGCAACUUUGGCGACUGGCUAGGAUACUAUGCCUGGGAUUUCCUCGGUAUCGUCACCUUCAGCACCAAGUUCGGCUACAUGGACAAGGGCUACGACUUUGAUGGCACCCUCGCUGUUGCCGACCAGUCCAUUGACUAUCUGGCUCUCUGCGGCCAAAUGCCCUGGACCGAUUACAUCCUCGACAAGAACCCCAUCUACCCUCUCGGCCCACCCAACAUCUCCAACGUGACCAACAUUGCCAUCCAGAAGAUGACGGCCCGUCUCAAGGGCGAGGACAAGGUGUUCAACCCCGAGAAGCCCGAUUUUCUGCAGUAUUUUAUCGAGUCCAAGUCGACCCACCCGGAGAUCGUUGACGAGGGCAAGAUUAUUGGUUAUCUUCUCUUGAACUUGAUCGCCGGUGCCGACACCACAGCCAUCACCCUGCGCGCCCUCUUCUACUACACCCUCAAGGACCAGCGUGUGUGGAAAAAGCUCGAAUCCGAAGUCCGCUCUGUCUUCAAGGCCUUCGAACCCGCGGCCCACAGCAAAGCCCGUGCCCUCCCCUACUUGGAUGCCGUUGUCAACGAAACACUCCGUUACCACCCUGCUGUUUCCAUGAUCAUGGAGCGCAUCGUCCCCGAAGGUGGCCUCGUCCUCCCUGAUGGCUCUGUCGUCCCAGGUGGCCAAAUGGUCGGUAUGAACCCUUACAUUGUCGGUCGUAACAAGAAGGUCUUUGGUGAGAACGCCGAUGAUUUUUACCCUGACCGGUGGCUGCAGCGGGAUGGGGAGAAUGACGACCAGUACAAGGAAAGGAUGCAGCUGUGGAAUCAAGCCAUGCUUCAAUUUGGUGGUGGGUCUAGGAUCUGCCUUGGGAGGAACUUGAGUAUGAUGGAGGUGUACAAGCUUGUGCCUACGUUGCUGUCGACGUUUGACAUUGAGCUGGAGGACCCAAAUGAGGUUUGGUGGUAUAGCAGUCGGUGGUUUUACAGGACGAAGGGGGUUAAUUGUACGUUGAGGCCUAGGAGUGAUUAAGGGGAGGAGGUUGGCACGAGCAUUACAUAUACGAAUGGUAAAUAGUUGGGUAUUUGAGUUGGAUAUGAACGUUCCA